AUGCUGCUGAUCCUUACUCUGGCCGCCGCAAUGCCCGCCGUGCUGCGCUCGCUGUGCCGGCCGCCGCCAUGCUCGUCAUGCUGCUCUCGCUGUCCCCGCUACCGCUACGCUCGCCGUGAUGCUGUGGCCGGGCUCACCGGAAUGCUGCCCGACGUUCGCACUCGCCGCCGCCGCCAUGCUCGCUGUUCAUCUGACGCCUACGCCGCCACUAUGCUUGCAGCAGCUAUGCUCGCCGUGCAGCAGUCGCUUCUCCGGAAGCGCCGAGUAGGCAGCGGGCGCGACGCCCAGCCGCCCCGGAAGGCGCGAAGAAAAGCAGCGAGGACAGUGAACUACGAGGCAUCUGACGACGAGUUUGAAGUCGAGAAGAUCAUCGAGAUGAAGUUCGUGCGUGGAGAGCCCAAGUACCAUGUGACGUGGAAGGGUUACGACGAGGCGUCGUGGGAGCCGGAAUCGAAUCUGCAUUGUCCUGAGCUCCUCAACAAGUUUUUAAGCCACGUGACGGCUAAAAUCCCUGCAAAACACCAAGAGGGUUCUGAAGUGAACGUGGGUAUUGAUGACGAUCACGAGGUGCUGGAAUCGGAUGGCUGUUCUGGCGAGAGUGCCGACGACGAUUCUGAAGAUGAGUUUGCAAAUGAGCUUUAUAUUGCGGAUGAAAUGCUUCGAGGCAUGUCUGGCAAUGGGUGGGAGUUGCUACCGGUAACCGACGAACGGGAUGACUCGGACCUGUCCGGCGCUACGGAUGUGUUUAUGGAUCCUCCUCACCUUACUACUCGCUGGACGGAGAUUGCCGAGGAAACUAAUCGUUACGAGCGUCAGACACGACCGGAAAGACUUCGACAGGCGAAGUUGUCCAUUGAAAAGAAGACGGACGACAUCCACAAACGCAAGGAAAUGUUUCAAGGAAAGAAAAAGGAGCUGGACGCGUUCUAA